AUGGCGGCCAUUUCGACGGCACCAUAUGCAGACCCUGCAUGGCUGUCCCGCGACAUCAGCCCCCACUACAACGACAGUCAUCGUCGCCUCCAGCGCGAAGCCCGCGAGUACGUUUCCACAUGCAUAACGCCUUUCUGCGAGGAUUGGGAACGACAAGGCUCGGUACCGCGAGAUGUUAUCCUCAACCACGCCCGGUUGGGAUACACGGCCGUGGCGAUAUAUCCUCUUGCCAUCAAACAGAUCCAAGAGACGAGACAGAGGUUGCCUGGGGACAUUUUGCCAGAGGACUGGGACGGGUUCCACGACUUGAUCGUGAUCGAUGAAAUCGCCAGAUGUGGGUAUCUGGGAGUUAUAUGGGCAUUGAGCUGUGGAAACUCCAUCGGUGCACCACCACUGAUCAACUUCGGGACCGAUGAGCAGAAGUCGAGGUUCUUGCCUGAUGUGCUGUCGGGAAAAUCCCGCUUCUGCCUGGGUGUGACCGAGCCUGAUGCCGGCUCUGAUGUAGCUGGAAUCACCACCGUGGCUGAACGUCGCGGCGACAUGUACGUUGUCAAUGGCGCAAAGAAGUGGAUUACAAACGCCAUAUUUGCCGACUAUUGCACAGCUGCCGUGCGGACUGGUGGACCAGGCCGAGGAGGUGUCUCGGCGUUGAUCAUACCACUGAAAGUCCCCGGCGUGAAAUGCACGAAGCUCGAGAACUCCGGAGUCAAUGCCAGCGGGUCCACAUACAUCGAAUUCGAUGACGUCCAGGUCCCUGUUUCGAAUCUUCUGGGUGAAGAGAAUCGAGGUUUCGAUAUCAUCAUGUCGAACUUCAACCACGAGCGGCUGUGGCUGGCUUGUACAUCGCUUCGGAUGGCAAGAGUUUGCGUUGAAGAUGCGUAUCACCAUGCGCUCAGAAGAGAAACCUUUGGGAAGCCACUGAUUGCCAACCAAGUUAUUCUUGCCAAGUUUGCAAAUUUUGCCCGAGACAUUGAACCAGCGCAUGCGUAUAUGGAGUCAAUAGUGUAUUUGAUCGAGCAUGAGCGCAUUCCAAAGACUCGGAAGGGUGCUCGGCAGACGAACGUCAAUGUUGGCGGCAUGAUUGCGACCUUGAAGACGAGUGCCGGUCGGGUUCUGGAGCGGGUCAAUCGGGACGCCCAGCAAAUAAUGGGCGGGGCUGGUUAUUCAAGAAGUGGUAAAGGCGCCAGGAUUGAGCAGAUCAGUCGUGAUGUUCGGGUAAUGGUGGUCGGGGGCGGCAGCGACGAGAUAUUGAGCGAGCUUGCGGUCAAGCUCGAGACAAAAGAGUUGCACAGAUUAUCUCGGCCAGAGAGCAAGCUGUGA